AUGGGUUGCCUGAACUUGAGCAAUGAGACCAGGCAUCCUUACACCGCCCGGACCUCGGCGCCGCUCACCCUCCUGGUGGGCGUCCUCAUCCUACUGACCGUGUUCGGCAACGUCAUGGUGGUCAUGGCCCUGACCACCAGCCGGGCGCUGAGAGCCCCCCAGAACCUGUUCUUGCUCUCCCUGGCCUGCGCCGACAUCCUGGUGGCCACCUCGGUGAUGCCCUUCUCCCUGGCCAACGAGCUGAUGGGCUACUGGUACUUUGGCAAAGUGUGGUGCGAAAUCUACCUGGCCUUGGACGUCUUUUUCUGCACCUCGUCCAUCGUCCACCUGUGCGCCAUUAGCUUGGACCGAUACUGGUCCAUCACCCGGGCCAUCGAGUACAACCUGCUGAGGACGCCGCGCCGGAUCAAAAGCACCGUCUUUAUCGUUUGGAUGCUGGCGGCCCUUAUUUCCUUCCCGCCUCUAAUCACCAUGAAGAAGGACGAAGGCAAAGAGGACCGGCCCGAAUGCAAAAUUAACGACGAGCUUUGGUACAUUGUCUUCUCCAGCACCGCCUCCUUCUUUGCGCCUUGCGCCAUCAUGGUGCUGGUCUACGUGAGGAUCUACCAGGUCGCCAAGCAGAGAACUCGAGCGCCUCCGGGUGAGAGGUCGAGACAAAACGGAAACUCGAAGGAUCCCAAGUGCAUCGAGGAGGAGGAGGAGGAGGAGGGGAAAGUCCGAGGAGAGGAGGAAGUGGACGAGGAACAAUCUUCGUCCGACGGGAACGAAGUAGCGUUGUGCUCCCUGAAGAAGAAACGCCCCGUUCAGAGGUGGAGAGCCGAAAGGUGGAAAGGCAGACAGCGGCGAGAGAGGCGCCUCACCUUGGUCCUGGCCGUGGUGGUGGGAGUCUUCGUCCUCUGCUGGUUCCCCUUCUUCUUCACGUACACGCUCACGGCCGUGUGCGCGUGCUGCGUGCCCGAGACGCUCUUCAAGAUGUUCUUCUGGCUGGGCUACUGCAACAGCUCCCUCAACCCCGUCAUAUACACCAUAUUCAACCACGACUUCCGGAGGUCCUUCAAGAAGAUUCUCUGCAAAAAAGGCCGCUGA